AUGGAGCACCUCCAGGAGAUGUUCCGCUACAAUUACAUGUUCCCGGGUCUGCAGGUGGAGGAAGAAGAGCAGACGUACUUCGAGCUGCCGAGCAGCUACCCGAUCUGCCCCCCGAAGAAGACCUUCGACCUGCCGCCCAUGAGCAGCCUCCCGGUGCCCCAGUUCCAGCAGCAGUGCAACAACAUAUACGACAGCGACGGUUGGCACACGCCGAGCCCGGCCGCGUCGCUGCGCUCCCUAAGCCCGGCCGGCACGUCGCUCAGCUCCGAGUCCGAGUCCUGCCAGUACCGGUACGCCCCGCCCCCGCUCUACCCCCAGUACGCGCCCCAACAGCUCGUUGAGCAGCACCAGUCGCCCCACCGUCAGGAGGAGACAGUUCCGCCAAAGGCUGGCCCCUCGGAGGAGAGCGAGGAGGACGAGGGUGCGAGCGAGUCGGAGCAGCAACAAGGUGCAGAGUCGAGCGACAAGGGCGGCAGGAGGACCGGCAAGGCGGUCAGUUCGGUUGUCGUGAGGAAGCGGAGGUUGGCCGCGAACGCCCGGGAGAGGCGCAGGAUGCAAAACUUGAACAAGGCCUUCGACAAGCUGAGGGCGUACUUGCCGUCGUUGGGCAACGACAGGCAACUCUCCAAGUACGAGACUCUACAGAUGGCACAGUCUUACAUCACGGCGCUCUACGAUCUGUUGCAAUAG